AUGUUUUCGAAGUCACUGAUCAAUUUGUGCAGACAAGGAUUAGGUUCUACAAAAAUUGUGCAAAACGUUUUGUGUAAACGUAAUUUGUAUGAGCGUGCAGCCAUAGGAUUGGAUAAAUAUGAGUUCUUCCGAGAAAAAAUUGAGAAACAGUUUUCUGAUUCAGAUAAACUGUUAUUUCGAGAGCGUAUGAAUUCUUUUGCAGAUCCUGAGUCUAGUAGUUUAAUUUUUACUGAAGAUUUAAAACAAAUUGUACACAUGGUAGGUGAUAAUGAAGCAGAUUUAACACUAGUAGAAAAGAUGAUGAAGAAAUAUAAUAAGCAAAACCAAGGAUUAAGAUUUGGAAAUUUUACUUUUGGUCCAGUUGUGAUGCGAAUGUAUUACCACCUCAAUAAACCUGAUAUUGCGUUACAAUUGUUCAAUGACCCAGAAAUGGAUGGAUUUUUUAAUCAUUUAAGUUCUUAUCAAAUACUCAUGGACUUAUUAUUUAUAAAUGAACAAUUUGAUCAAAUAUUAGUUGUAUAUAAAACAAUUCAAGAAAGACAGUUACAAAUAGCCAAGUUUCCUAAAGGCGUGAUGAUGUUAGUUUUUGCUGCAUGUUAUAAAUUGAAUACAACUGAAAGUUUUGAAUAUGCGUGUAAAUUGUGGAGUGAUCAACAAGAAGCUGGCCAUAGUCCAAUUAGAAAAACAAUAACUUUUUUUGCGGCUAAUGCGAUAAAUCAGAAUAGUCCUCAUAUUGCUCUUGAAGUAAUAACAUCGGUCCGAAAUCAAUCGUAUGUGACACUCCGUAAUAUAAAGGUGGUAGCAUUGUGUGAUUUGGGCCGAAUUAUCGAUGCUUUGCCUCUUCUUAGAAGUGUAUUGUCAUUAGAUCAACCAAUGUCUGGUGGUCCUGCAGUAAAACAAACUUAUUGUAGAGAUGUUAUAAAUUUAGUGAAAUCUGCAGCUGAAAAACAUAAUGAUAAAGAAACAUCAUUGGAGCUGGAAAGAAUAUUUAACCAACUAGAAGAGUUAAAUAUGAUUACUGAGACUACACUUGAUUCGCUUCUAUGUUCAGAAAUUAAAAUGAUCGAUAGAUCAGAUACCAACAACAGAGAAUCAAUAGUAGGGGCAAGCUAUCAAUCAGGCCGACCGUAUAAAAAACGAGAAUUUAGACGUCCUGGUAUUAGUGAUUUGCUGUAA